AUGCAUAAAUUGCACUCGAAAAAUCUUAACGAAGAAAAUAUAGACGAUAUUAUAGAAAAAGAAAAAAUAAUUAACGAAAGAUUGAGAUUUGAAAAUGAAAAGAUAAAAGAAAAAAAUAGAAAAAUACAGCAAAAAUUAUUAAGUUUUAUUGAGGAUAAUAAUUUUGCUUUUGAAAGUAAUUCUACGGAAGAUGUUGAAAAAUAUAAGCAUGUGCUUUUGUCUCUUAUUGAAUAUAUGAACCGCUUAAAAAUGGUGGAUACCCACAUGAAAAAAGAGACGAAUAAUUUAAUUGACGACUUUUUUCAAUGUAUUAAGGAUGCCAUUAUUAAGCAAAGUGAAUUAUGCUAUCUUAUAAAGGAAGACAUGAACGAAUUCAAAGUUCAAGGAAAAGAAGAAAUAUUCAGGAAGCACGUAUUAGGAUUAAGAAAGAUUUAUGAACAUAAUAGCAUAUUACGUGCACAGAUUUCUGUCUUCAACAAAUUCAAAUUGAAAGAUGAGAAUAUGAUUCAUGCAGACUUUGAACAACUGCAACUAAAAUACAAAAACUUAAAAGUCAAAGAAAGCUGUUUACAGAAAAAAAUAGAAAAUCUGAAUCAGAAGAUAAGGAGAUCGACUGAGAAAAAAUUGCACUAUGACGAAAAGAACCUGUACCUUGAGAAGCUGCUAGAGGACAAGCAGGUAGAAGUAGACGAAUCUCAGUAUGUUAUACAGAACAAAAAAAAUUUGAUAAAUGAACUAAAGAGGAAAAAGGAUGAAUCCAUCAAGAAAUAUAGUGAAGUAGAGACUUCUAUCACUACCAAAAAUGUGUACGACGAAUUUCACGAGAAGAAGCUUCAGUUGGAUGUCCUGAAAGGAAAGCUAGAAGAGGUUAUGCAUAGGUACAGAAAUUUGCACAAGGUCCACGAGAAGAAGUAA